UGGGCUUUUUGAUGUAGUCGAAGCAACUGGCGCAGAAGAUCCGCGAAAAGGAGGAUCUGAUGGUAGAAGAGAAUGUGCUCAGGCUCGAGUUGCGGAAGUUGCGUGGGUUCCUCAACUCGCGAGCCGAUGAGGUAUUCAGCCUCGAAAACCGCCAAGUAAACCUCCAACUAGCCCUCGAAGAGCGCACCAAAGAAAUUGAGAUCCACAAAGACAUGCUCCGCCUCCACCUCAAAACCGCCGAAGAGGAGCGGUACAGCGCCGCAGCCGAGCUCCGCGACCGGGUCUCCAAAGUCGAAAAGCUCAAACGGCGCUACGAGAUCGUCAUGUCCCAUUUCGCUGGUGACGGCGACGAGGGCGGCGGUGCUGGGGCGAAUGGCGAGGAACCGCAUUCCCAGGCGUAUUAUGUGAUCAGGGCGGCUCAGCAGAGGGAGGAGUUGCAGAGGGAGGGGGAUAAGUUGGAUGCGCAGAUUCGGAAGGCGGAGAAGGAGAUUAAGGCUUUGGAGAAUACGCUGAAGAUGAUGAAUGAUCGGAAUGAUGAGUAUCGACAGAAUCUGUAUAAAGCCGAACUCAGCAGCAAGGACGUACAGCAUAGAGAGAUGCUAGAACAGCAAUACCGCCACGCCAUGGAACGCUACCGCUCUAAACGCAGCGAAAUCCAAGACCUCCAACAAGACCUGCAAGCCCUCGAGCGCGAUCUCCUCGCGCGCACCAACAUCGAAUCCCAAGAGCACCAAAACGUGCAAUCCCUCGAAAACAAACUCGCAGCACUAACAAAGGACAUCACCGACCAGGAAGCGAAACGCGACCGCGCGCGGAAGAGCGUGCAGCGGAGCGCGAAGGAGUUCAGGAAGAUGCUGGGUGUGGCGCCGACGACCGUGACGGAUGAGGAGCUGGAUUUUAGGAUACGGGAGUUGAAGGAGACGGGGAAUUUGGCGUUGGAGGCGUUGGCGAAGGUGGGAGAGAGGGAUCCGGCGUUGGAGCAGAGGCUUACGCAAUUGCUGCAGGCGAACGGCAUCCAACCGGCCUCUCGCAUCGUCUCCCGCGUACCCUCCCGGGCCGAAUCUCGCGCAUCCGUUUACUCUGACGCCGGAAGUGAGCAUUCAAGCACAUCGGCGUCUGGGCGUCGAACAGGGAGCAGCUUUGCACUCGACAGAUCUCGCCAACAACACCAGUCCCCGCGCUCGAGCAUGACAAUACGAUCCCCACCGCCGGGCGCUGUCGCGACACCGUCAGGCGGAGCCAUCUCGCCGAGCGGACGGGUGCUGUCAACCACCAAUAUCAAUGCAGCAGUAGUUCUUCCCACAGUAGACAUCGGAAGCGGCGCUGUAAGCGGCGCAGGAUCAGGGCGAUCAACAGGAACCGCCACGCCGACUCGACAGGGCACGUCUUCCUCCACUCGGGCGCCCAUAACCGGCGCUGGUCGAGUGCGCCAUCCGGCGCGUCCAGGGUCUGCUAGCAGCGUCGGCUCAAAUGGAAGUGCAUCAAGGCGGUCGAGCGUGGCGAGUGGGUCCGCAGGGAGAUGAGACGCCACACAGGAGUACAUAAACAUGCACAACGUACAUAGCCAUGGGACAUAGGUGUUGGAUUUCAUGAGAUUUUUCGGUAUGACUAUGCAUAUGUACAUCCCCUAUGUUGCCACGGCCUUCUCUACAUCUUCCACGACAAAGAUGGCUUGCGGGAAACAGCUGUCAUUAAUUGAGUAACUGGGGUGCAAUACAAAGUGGUCUCUC